UUUAGAAAAAUAAAAUAAGAUAAAAUUAUUACGGCAGAGAGCAGAAAAUUUUGGUGCUGGCCGCGCUUGUGGAUUUUGUUGUCCAGUCGCCUUCUAUCUUUGUUUUCUGCAGCAAAAAUAUUGGAGCUAUGUCUUCCGCUGCAAUUUCCUUUAUUUCCAGCCCAAACUCUCCCAGGCUCAGUCACGUCUCCCCAACGUACAGAAAUGCAAUCCUGCUUACUGCCACACCCAGUUGCAGAAUCUCUUCUUUGAAGCCACCGUCUCUCAGCAGUAUCUUCAUCAGAAUCCCAUAUGGGUCCUUUAAGAAGGCCUCCUUUUUCACUUCCUCCAGGCCCUUUUCUCCUGUCAUGGAAUGGCAGGAUUGCACGGUAAAAACGGAAAUUGAUGUACCUGCUUCAGUGGCUUACAAAUGUUACUCUGAUCGUGAAGCAAUUCCCAAUUGGAUGCCUUUCAUUUCAUCUGUCAAGAUAUUGGAAGACAAGCCUAACUUGUCGAGGUGGUCGUUGAAAUAUACUGCAUUUGGUCGUGAUCUUGAAUAUUCUUGGCUUGCUAGAAAUAUGCAACCCGUCCCAAAUCAGAAAAUUCACUGGAGAUCUCUGGAAGGACUUCCUAACAGAGGUGUUGUUCGAUUUUAUCCAAAAGGUCCCUCAUCAUGUGUAAUGGAACUAACAGUUUCAUAUGAAGUUCCUCAACUUUUAGCUCCGGUGGCAUCUGCACUUCAGCCUUUUCUUGAAAAUUUACUCAAGCGUGGUUUGGAUCGGUUUGAAAAUUUUGCUAAAAGCUCAGGCUCAACAAGAUAAUCAUCUCACCUGGGUGGUCAGACAUGUGCUAAUUAUUGCCACCAAUCUUUGAUCUGGAUGUUUCUCUCAAGAUAUAUAAUUCUCCUCUAUUCAAUUGCAAUAUAAAUUGUGUUGGAUAAUGAAAGGUCCCUUAUAGUUUUUCAUUAUUCUCUUCAACAUUUUUUUCUUGGAGGGGUUGGGGGUGACGUGAAUAAAAUAGAUGCAUCAAUUUUCAUUGAUGAGAUCUAAUGUGUUAACAUUCUGCAAAACCCUGAUUGAUAAUAACAGAGUCCACAUCUUAGCAUGUAUAACCUUUGCUAUGUUGGUAUUACUUGUUGGUGGAUUUUAGCGA